AGACGUUCCUCUCAAGAACGAUUUUAACGCCCUACCCAAGGCAGCACGACUUCCACAAGCCGUUCAACAGACACCCACCACCUCAGCGGCUUCAAGGACCUCCCACAAGCUAAAAUCUUUGGGAAAAACAGACAACUCUCUGAGGACUGUGAAAAGUGAACAAAAGCAGGCCAAUUAUGGAGCGCCAGAACUUGGGAGAUGCAUCCUGCUAGAGGAUGCUGACCACUUGACCAACAAAUAUGCAUCUGGUUUAUGAUAACAGCAAGUUAGCAGGCCACACCAUUCAGAAGAGAAAGGAAAUUAAUAUUCCUGAGAAAAGAGGAAAUUAGAUACUACUUGAGAGAAUUUGCCCACUUUUCUGGUAUAACUAAUUCUGAUGGCUGGGAAUAAAGGACGUGGACGUGCAGCUUACACUUUCAAUAUUGAGGCAGUUGGAUUUGGCAGAGGUGAAAAGUUACCUGAUGUAGCAUUGAAACCACCUCCACUAUUUCCCGAUACAGAUUAUAAACCAGUGCCACUGAAAGCAGGAGAGGGUGAAGAUUACAUGCUGGCCUUGAAACAGGAGUUGAGAGAAACUAUGAAAAGAAUGCCUUAUUAUAUGGAAACACCUGAAGAAAAACAAGAUAUUGAAAGAUACAGUAAAAGAUACAUGAAGGUGUACAAAGAGGAGUGGAUACCAGAUUGGAGAAGACUCCCAAGAGAAAUGAUGCCAAGGAAGAAGUGCAGAAAAGCAGGCCCCAAAUCCGAAAAGGCGAAAGAUACAGGCAAAGGUGCUUCACUCGCUAAUACUGCAGAUGUGUUGAAAAAAAUUGAGGAAUUGGAAAAGAGAGGUGAUGGCGAAAAAUCAGAUGAAGAAAAUGAAGAGAAAGAAGGAAGCAAAGAGAAAAGUAAAGAAGGCGAUGAGGAGGAGGACGAUGAUGCUGCAGAACAAGAGGAAUAUGAUGAAGAGGAGCAAGAAGAGGAAAAUGACUACAUUAAUUCAUACUUUGAAGAUGGAGAUGAUUUUGGUGCAGACAGUGAUGACAACAUGGAUGAAGCAACCUAUUAGCUAUGAAAUUUCUCCAAAAAUGUCUUUAUGGUGUCACUUCUGAACAUUUGGACAGACUUGUUUUCUAUUUCUGAUAAGGAAUAUUGUAUUUUUGUUCCUCUUUUGUUGGACAAAUACUUGCUGUCAAAAUAUUCAGAACCACUUUGAGUUUACAUACUAUUUACCUUACCAAUCAGUCUCUGAUACUCUGACAUUCCUUUUCAACACCCCUGUCAUCCGUCUUCUGUAUUCAAGUGGAUUUUUCUUGUAUCGUUUGGAUUUCAAUGUGCCUAGAGUUUUUGCAUUUUUUAACCUGUGUAUUCAUACUUGAACAAACUACUCUUGUUGAACUCGAUCUGUUGUCAAACUAUUACUAGUCAUUAUAGUGGAUUUCUGUAAUCUGAAAGUUGAUACAAUAAUACUGCACAAAGAGCACUUUAAAAACAAAGAAACUUGAAAAUAAGUUUAUCUUUUACUUUUGCAUGGUAUGUUCUGUGCUGCAUUAUGACUAUGAAAACCUACCUGAGCUCUUACAAUUGCAUAUUUUAUGAGAUUGGAAAUUUUGUGAUCAAAAACAUACAGGGAAAAUGCCAUUCUGAACUGUAUGAAUUUCCCAGCUCACAUCUCAGCCCGUACAAAAACCUGGGAUGAAUAUUAAAAAAUACUUGAAUUUGAAGCCAACUCAAUAACCACUUAACAUAUAAUCCUCUCUCUGUAGUUAAGUUUGUUAUCUUUGAAUAGUUGGGCUUAUGAAAAAUUAGAUACCUAAUUUUGUACUUUACAAAUGUGUUGAGAAAGUUCCAGUCAUAGAAAUCUCACUGCAGAAUACAUGUGUACGAAAUCUGUGAGGUGCAGUGGCCGUUGUUAAAUUUCACAGAACUCAUAGUUAUCCAACUGAUUUAUGUAACAAUGCAGAAUAAAACUCAGGUCAUUUUAAAAUUAAGAUUAAUCUUUUUUGUUUUGAUUAAAAACUGGCUCCCCUGCCUUUUUAUAUUUUGGCAGGGAAAAUGCCUAAAACCCCCAGCCUCCAAAGACACACAAAUGCCAAAGAUUUUCAAGGGAAUUCGUAUUGUAUAUUUUUAAAUGAUUUCUUAAUAUUCCCUACCAAAAAGAAUAAAGAAGAUAAUUUUUCCCUUUUGGGAAGAUAUUACCCCUUACCUUCUAACCUGGAGAAUCAAAGCCCUAGAUUCUGUUUCUACCUUUCCUAUAGACUCAACCUUGAAAAUGAGCUUGGUUAAGUUUUCUGUGCCUUAGUUUCUCCACCUGUAAACUAUUUCCUAUCAAGAUUGCUUACACACCAACCAAAAUUUGUCAUGUGUAUUCAUUCAUACCUUAUAGAAAUGAUCACUUCUUAAAUUUGGUUCUCACCCUCUAAAAAUGUAGCUUUGUAAGCGAUUGAAAACAAAGUUUUGAAAAACAAGCAAGGUUUCCUCACAAACUCUAUUAUGACCUGAUUUUCCCAUCUUGUAUUCUGGAGGGAAGAAUUGGAGAAAAUUUAUGUCUUGUGCCAUUUUGUAACAUGACUUUCUCAGGAAAAACAUCACUUUCAAUUUUAAUACCUCCUCAGAUUAUUCAAGGUGGGUGUGAAGACAAUUGUUAGUUCAGUGUGUCGAUCAUAUGUGAAUUAUUUGUUGAAAUAAUUUCUGGGAAAUUUUAAACAUUCUAAAUGGAAAACAUAAAAGAAGUCCACAUUAAAACAGCAAUCUCUGGACUUAAAAGUAGAAACUCACAUAAAAUUUCUAGUUGUAAUGGGUAAAUAAAGUCACUUAGGAUUGUUAAUCAAAACAUUUUUUUUUAUUCUCUCACCUCCUUAGUACCUUAGCCAAAUACAAUUUAUAAGAAUCUGAUCUCAAUGGUUCUGUUUACUUGCUUCAAUAUAAAUCUGCAGAUAACCCUGUGAAUUGGUCGGAUGCACUGAAGAUACAGGUAUUUCUUUUCCUAGCUUUCGAUUUUUCCUCCUGUUUUAGUCCAGCAGAUGGUAAGACAGCCCCUUUGGGUAGGGAUUUGCUUCAGGAGGCCCCAGCCAUCUGCCUUAAGUGCACUGUCUUUCCCCUUUGGAAGAUCUUUUUGUAAGAUUAGAUUGUGAGGACAGGGAGUAUUUGCAGGUUGCAAAUGAAUCUUCUCUUUCUGGUUAAAAUCUCAAGAGACUGUGAAGUUAGUUAUUCCAUGAGAAGGUAAACUUUAAUGCAGAGAUAGCCUCCUGUAUAUAAAAAAGUACUUGUUGGUACUUGUUGGUGAAGUGUCUUUAAAAUUGCUGUAUUAACAGGCCAAACUGUUUUGUUGCUAUAAUGCUUACUUUCCUGUUUACACAUUAAAUUCUUAUAAAACAAA